UUCUAUCGCAACGGCCGUGUUUUUAAGGCAGCUAUUGGCUUGUUGGUCAAUAACGCUAGAGACACCGCAGCUGAAAAGCUAGAAGAAGGCGACGUGACAGAUGAAAAGUUUCGUAGCUUGAUCGUGCGUGAAAUCGACCAGGUCAACUGGAAGCUGGAUGAAUUGGAUUACUUUAACAUCGCCUUAGCGGAAGGAUGGAUGUCUUGGUUCGGGAAAGAUGAGCGAAACGCGAUUAUUGCCACUGUUUGUGACAUAAAUCGCGCCAUCUUUAAUAACACGGUCAUGGUUGGUUCCAAUUGCAAUAGGAUGUUGUGGCCUCUGAUCGAUGUUGGAGCAGAGAAUGUGCAUCCAUUGCGAGACCAAAGGGUUGCUGAAAUUAAUCUGCAGAAGUCAAAAUACAUUGGUUGCUACUCUGUGCAAUGGUGGCUUGGAUCGGACAUCUUAAAAUCAGCAGCAGGAAUCUGCACUAACACGAAAGGCCAGUUCAUUGUAGGAGAUAAGCUAGAAAAAAACAUUUAAGUAUUUGACUGUGAUGGCAACUUCCUGUACUUGCCCUCUGUAACCUUGGGAGAUACUAGAAUUUGUGAUGUGGCUACUGACCAAGCUGAUAACAUUUACGUGCUCUGUCAAAAAGAUCCAGGUGAAUACCAGGUGCGUAUUUUUGACAAGGACAACAACAUGCAUGGUUGUUUUGGCUUUGAUGCCUUCGCUCCUUAUCGUCUCUCUAUAGUGGAGGCUAAGUCUAAACCCGAGUCUAAAAAGGUUUUAGUGUGAAGACGGUGUAAUAUUUUCCAGUCUGUGGGGAAAGUUUUUGUAAUUUGUGAUUCCUAUCGGCAAGGCGAGGAAUCUGCCUGGAACGUUCCCAGUGAUCAAGCCAUGCUGAUCAGAAGCAUAACGGUUUGUAAUAAUGGCAAUUUAUUAUAUGGCUUUGGCUUGUGGCCGAUAUAACGCGCGCUCUGAUUGGUUAAUUGUCACUGAAUUG